GGGAAGAUCCAAAGAAUAACUCUCUCUCACACACACAAAUGCACACACACACACACACACACAUCACGAAUUUAUAAUAUUUCUCAAUUUUUAGGCAGUGCCAGUGUCAAACAUAUUCCCACAGCCGUCACUCAGGGCUUUUUUCAGGCAAAAGCACAAUGUCAUAUUUUAGGGGAGAAAUGUGAAAUUUUAGUGCAAGUACCAUGACAUCCCCAUCUCCGAUAUAAACUCCUGCUUGUAUGAGUAUUGUUCAAGCGUCACAUGAGCCAGCUACCGACUACACGUGCAGGGCGCACGGAAUUGCCAGCCGAGAGAGGAGGUGCUGGAGAGUGCGCAUGAUCGAGCGUAAACGCACAGCACUUGGAUAUCUGAAGUCAUCAUUUCUUUUCACGGCAUUUUGCGUUGGACUAAACCGCAGGAGGGUAAUCACUGGAGAAAUAAAAACAGCACCGACACAAAUUUAAUCACUGGAUAGCUUAAGCAACUUUAAAUGGUUUUAAUAAGACGCUCCCGCCACUGACUUAGAGACUUGUUUGGGUAUUUCAGCACUGGACAGCUCUCUCCUACUUGUCUCGUGCUCACAAGCGCACUUCUGGCACGUGCGCUGGGGAAACUGCCAUCCGUCACAGCUGGUGGGGGGCACGAGCAGACAGCAUGGCGGACACUCCGCAGCAUCAUCCCCGCAACUGCUGCUAACGCAGAUCCUCGAGAGAUGAGCAUUCCGGAGUUCCUACUGGAAUUGGCCAUUGUGGUGAUAGCUGUUGUCUCGUUGUUGACAAACUUGUCAGUGCUUCUAUGUUUCACCCAGAGCUCCGACUUAAGAUCCCACGUACCAGGCAUCUUCAUCCUAAACCUCUGCUUCUCCAACAUCCUCCUCACUAUCAUCAACAUGCCCGCCACGUUUCUCGGUGUGACCAAAAGUGCAAAGCCCUUCGGGGACUUGUUCUGUCAAUCUGUCAGUUUUGCUGAGACUUUUCUCACCACUAAUGCCAUGCUGAGCAUGGCCGCGCUGAGCAUGGACAGGUGGGUGGCUGUGGUGUUUCCCCUGAGUUACUCCAGCAAGAUGCGCUACAGGGACGCUUUUCUGAUCGUGGCGUACUCCUGGCUGCAAUCUCUCACCUUUUCUCUGGUCCAGCUGCUGAUGGACUGGGGAGGUUACAGCCACACUUACGCUUCGUGCACUGUUCACCUGGAUGUGGAGGAGAGGUCGCAGCUGGCCGCCUAUGCGACCUUCACCGCGCUGUUCCACUGUAGCAGCUUUGCGCUCUCCCUCCUCGUUCUGUGCUUCGCCUACCUGAAAGUUCUGAGAGUGGCCAGGUCCCACUGCAAGAGGAUAGAUGUAAUUACAGUGCAGACUCUGCUUCUGCUGGUUGAUAUUCACCCCGGUGUGAAGGAGAGGUGUCUAGCUGAACAGAAGAAGAGGAGGCAGCGUGCUGCUAAAAAAAUUUGCAUCUUCAUAGGUUCCUUUAUCUUCUGCUUUUCACCCUAUGUUAUAACAAGGUUGGUGGAGUUGUUGCCCUCUGUGCACAUCCCCCGGUAUUGGGGCAUCACCGCCAAAUGUCUGUCCUAUUCCAAGACCUCCAGCGACCCAUUUGUCUACUGUCUGCUGCGCCAGCAGUACAGGAAGGUCCUGGUUAGUACCAUCAGUCGGGUUCUAAGAAAGGAUAAAUACUUGCUGUCUGUCCACAGCACGAGCAGCAUGCUGGACACCACAGAAGACAACUGUAUUGCCAGAAUUACCUGAGCUUGAUGUGCAAAUAUUUGAAUGAUUCAACACCUGCAUACCUUCUGCAGGAAGGUCAGAGGUCAGGGUCUCUGAAGAGCAGCAGCCCUGCAGAAGGGAGUCUUGCUCAAGGACACUUUAACACAUGGGUGGACCACAGGCUCCUUAAAGCCAUGGUGUUCUCCGCUGGGAGAACUGUGAAGGACAUGAAACAAUGUACGUUCAAUGAGACUGCACACUGUGCCAAAGGCCUUUUCAGACUCUACAGACUGUUGUUUCCACAGGGCUGGUCAGUUCACCUGCUGAGGCAUUGCCAAGAACACACCACAUAAAGCCCACAAUACUAUGUUUAUUACUAUGAUCAGUGAAAAUGUACAGUUGAAGUAACAUUUGUAAUUGUUAUGACAUGGUCUUCAUGUUUCAGUAAAAAAAUUGGUUAAUAUUCAUUCUGCUGACAGUUUUAAAGCUAAUAUUAAAGUUUAGUGUAAUGCGUGACAUUUUAAUAAAAUAGUUGAAAAAUAGGUGUGAGGAUGUUAAGAUUUUACAGCAGACACACAGUUAAAGAAUAAACUCUACUGCCACAGACACACAUGAGCCUACUGUAUGAGUACAGCCUAUGAGUGAAAAAUCAUUAGAUUUUGCUAAUACUGUGAUACUGUAGGUAUUUAAAACACCAUGUCAUCAUGUCAUAUUUCAGAUAUUUUUUUCUUACUCCUUUAAUGAUCUGGUGAGCCCUCAUAUUUAUCUUGGGACACAAUAGGGGGUCCCGAUCCCUAUGUUUGGGACCACAGCUAUACACACAUUAAUUCCUGCAAUAGUCUAAUAAUAGAUGAUAAUUCCAGGAAUAAAACUGCAAGGACAUCGAGGUUGGCAAGGUUUCACGGACUGAUGCAGAGAUCUAUUCUUGCAUUAAACUGGUGAACAGGCUCAGCAGCCCUAUAAUGUCAAACAAAACAGGCAUGAACUUCCCUCACUCCCACUCCCACCCCCACAAGCCACGUUCUUCUUCAUACCCUCCAGACACACACUUGUGCGCACACACACACACACACACACACACACACACACACACACACAGAGCUCUGUGUAUAUGGAAAGCCAAGCAGUUCAAAAAUAUGUUAAUAACACAACCUACAUUAAUAAUAUGUACAAAUAACUUAAAAUGUUGUUAACACAUUGAUUUUUCACAUGUUGACAACACAUUUAAAAUGGGUGAUCUCAGACAUCAAUUUCACAUAUAUGUCCACAACGGUUGUGUGUCAUAAGUUCCAGUUGGCUGCUGAGCACUAGCAUUUGACCAUUUCUGGUUGCCUACCACUAUUUUACAAGCUAUGGGAUCUGUUAUUGCUUUGUCUUUUUUUUUGUAUAGCCCAUAAAAUAAAAAUAUUACAAUUGCAAUUUAAUAACUUAAAUCAUUUUUAUCAAGUUAAAUUUUAUUGAUAAAUAAACACACGACAAUGCCAUUCUUUAAACUUUAGUUUUCCAUCAUUAAAAACAUAAACAAUUUGGGGAAAGGCUACAGUAGUGGUACUUUCUGAGUGCUGGUUUAGGAAACAGACCAUUGUAAUGAAUAUCUGUCUUUGGAAAACAACUUUUUUUGACAGACUGACAAGAAUGUCUUAGUAUUUUAACUAGGUGCUUGAUCGGGCCCUGUUCACAUAGUUUAAGAUGCAAUCCAACAGUCUAACAAGUUAUUUUAAUAAGUUGAAGGACACAAAACAUACAACAUUCAAACACAAUUGUAAAUGUGUUUUAAUGAAAGCACCCACAUUUUCUUCAGGUAGUAUCUUCCCAACUGCUGUACUUACUGUUCAUACACUAUUUGCACUAUUUAAUGGUCAGUAUAAUAUCAGAAGAUAUAUGUAUGUAUGUUCUACAUAUUUAUUGGAAUUCAACUUUUACCAAAAUAUACAUAUAUAAUAAUUUACAAAGAAUGCAAACCCAGAUUUGGGUAAGGGAAAAAUGAGGACAAUAGAGGAAAUUACAAAGGGUUUCACAAUAUCAAGUGUGUGGAUGUCCUAAAACUUUUAUGCCGUUAAGAUCGUCAUGAAUAUCAAACAGAUGCUGUAUUAAAGGGAGAAUAAGUUAUUCUGCAGAAGGAUUGUGGAUAUUUGAACCCAACUGCCAAACAUAUAUAUCCCUCCCCUCAGUGCUCCUUCCAAAGCUCCGCCCCCCAAAUCUCAAAUCUCUGAGUUUUCUCCAGUGUUACAUUUACAUUUACAUUUAUUAAUUAACUGACGCUUUUAUCCAAAGCGACUUACAAUUGCUAUACAUGUCAGAGGUCGCACGCCUCUGGAGCAACUAGGGGUUAAGUGUCUUGCUCAGGGCCACAACGGUGGAUGUCUCACAGUAGGAAUUAUCUAUGCGCCAUCACCACCCCGACAGUGUUGAAAUGCCUUCACCCUUGCCUGGUCACUUUCUUCCCUGUUUGUAUUCUUCAGACCUGUUCCUCUUCAGCUGUUUCUCAGCCAUCUCUCCUUCUUCAUAGUGCCUUGAGUCCAGCACAAUUGAAUGCGCUGGUGUAUAGAAAUCUCUAUCCCAAGCACGCGGGAAAAAAUUACAUGUGCAGUGUGUGUACAUAAUGGGCACUAUUGUUAUUAUUUGACAACAUAAAAUACAGCAGGUUAGUGCUGAAUUCAGAGAAUGCUGUGGUUCAUAUUACAGCCUAAUAAUUUAAUGUCAGCAGCUGUUUGCAAUGUUUUGUCACGAUUAUAGCAGCUGAAUUGGUGUAAUGAUGAUCAUGUACGCACAAAUCAUCCACCGGCCCCCAACCCAACUAAUUAUUUUCUCAGAUUUAUCCCACCUCUACCAGUCCUUUUAACAUUCCAAGUGAUUUCUUUAUUGGGUUGAUGUAUUUUCUUUAACGAUUUGCUUUCAUGAUUAGAGAGGCUGCUGUCAACAUUUUAAACAUUUCCAUGGGUGCAUUAAUGUCACAUAUUGUGGGACCUUUAUGCUGCAAAACUAACUGUAGUUAUAAACUUGACAGGACAGAAGAAACUCUGCAGAGGAAACAGAAUUCAACUUUUAGCUUCUGAAAAUUUUUAGAUGCACUGAUGGAGCUCAGGAUUGAUCAGGAGGACGGCUCCUUUACUCCAGACAGUUUCUCUGUGUGAACCUGGACUUUGUGUGAGACCUUAUGGAUGUAGAGAAGAAUGCAAAAUAUUAAUUAAUGUUAGAUUCUGACUAAUCCUGUUGGCAUAUUGGGAGAUUUAAAUAUCAAGUUAUGCUGCUGUGCCCUAUGUGUAAAUGCGCACAGCGUCUCUCUUAAUGGGGAGAAGCUUCACCACCCAGCCCAAAAUUAAAAAAAUGUAUCUUCCAAAAUUCUUCCCGAAACAGUGGUGCUCUCACUUAUUGCACGCACAAGGUUUUCAUGUGCUUCAUGUAUUUCCCCAAAUAUGAACACUGAGUGUGGAAAUGUUUUUCAAGUUGAAAUGAGGGAAACGACAGUGUAAUCAGCUGCGCCCAUAUGGCUUUUAUUUAAGUUGAUUGUGUUAUCAAUGUUUUUUAUUCGAAAGAUUUUAUUUAUGCAUACAUAUAUAUAAAUACGGAGGUCCGGACCUCGGUGACUCUAUACGACCAUGCUUGUAACCACUCUGUGUUGAAGGAAAGUGUGUAAGUGCGUGCCCACACACAGACGUGUCAUGUGUGCAUUUUUACUGUGCAGCACCCCUAAGCAAAAAUGUCUUCCCGCGCGCCUGCUCUCUCCCACUGCCCCCCUCCCACAUCACUCCUGUGCAGGAGCGCCAAAGCCACCUGUUGCUUAUUGGCUGGAACAA